UUGUUUUUAUGGCAGGAUUAAGCAAUAUAUGCUUUCUGUUUGAGAUUCUAUUAUUAGGGGGUGUGCUUAUUCACAGACCCUAACAAAUUGUUAUCUUUGAACCUGAAAAUAUUUUCUAUGAAAUCCAGUCAAAUUCUAAUUCUUUUAAAAUCCCACACAUUCCAAACACCUGAAAUCCUAUUUCAAAUUCCAAUUUCGGUGAAAUCCUCCCAUUUCCAAACACAGGGAACUCCAAGACUGCUCUUCCCACUCACAAUUUAAAAUCAAAUAAUAUCAUCAUUUUCUUCCUUUUGUUGGAUUUAUCUUUUCCAGUCCCAAGUUAAUUCUUUGUUUUAUUCUUCCCUCCAAUUACCUCAGUUUUGGUUCGUCAAUUUGCCCUCCUCAAAUAGUAGUAGUAGAGUAAGAGUGGAGAGAGGGAUUCAAAAACUGAGAAAGCGCGGGAAGUUCGAAGAGCGAGAGAGUGAAUGGACGAUUCAGGAGCGAUUCUCUGUCAGAUCUCUUCUCUUAAGGGCAUGCUAGAUCAGGUGAAUGAAGAAAUCGAAGCGAAUAUUCAGAUAACCAGAGAGAUUGAAUCGGAAAUUGUGAAAUGCGCAGAGAUCGAGACUGCUUUGGCGGUUAGAGAAUCAGAGUUGAUGAAGAUGAUUUAUUUCGCAGAGUUUGAGAUCAAUGGACUAAUGGCAGUGACUGAUGUUUCAAGAUCCUCAGAAAAACUCAUUGGGGAGGAGUUAUGUUGUCUAAGAAUGAAGCGUGAUGAGAUACUUAAAAGAAUGAAGGACAAGCGGGAAGGGUUUACAACAUCAUGCCUAGACUUUCAGAGGAACAUUGACAAGGGAGAAAAUGAUGAACUGGGGACCUUGUUGUCAGAGAAAGAGUCUCUCGAAAAUGAAGUUCUUCUUUUGAAUAAGAAAAAUCAUGCUUUGCAAAAUUCAAUGAAGGCAUUUGUGGAGGAGAUUCUUGAAGAUCUCCGUAGUUCAAACUCUGCUUUACAUGUUGAGAUACAGUAUGGGAAUCUUGAGAAUCAGAAGUUGAUCGAGGAUAUCAAUGAGUUGAAGAGUACAUUGCUUUCAGCGAUAUCAAUUUGAUAACCUGUUGUAAAUCUUUUAUCUUUUCUGCGAUUGACUUUUAUCUUUAAAAUCAUUUUUUAGGCUGAAGUGACCUCAUUCAUUUUUUGCAAAACCUUGUUUUUUGUUUUUUUUUCUUUUUCUGUUUUUGUUAUUGUUAUUGUUAUUGAAAUAUCAUCUCCAUCAUAGCCAAUGUGUUACAGAAAUAUUGAUAUAUCUUCAAACUUAUAAUGCGUAUACAUGUGUGUGUGUGUGUGUGUGUAUUUAACAUCAUUCUGUCGAUGCUAAACAUGAAUAAUGUAUUAUUUGCAAAAGGGCCUAUUACUUGGUGCAACAGUAAAUGCUUAGGUGAAGUGAUAGAACACUUGUUUUGAAAUUUUUUUUUUCCUUGGGGAGGGGGAAUUAUGAGAGUAUGACAAAGGCUAGAUCUAUGAUCUAACUACCCUUCACCACACUUCAUAUAAGCAUGAGCAGCACCAGGUAAAGGCUCCUUCCUUACUAUUGGUAUCAUUUAUAGCUCUU